AUGUACAUGGCCAGAUGUGGCCCCAAGAAUAAUGUGCUGUGUUUCCCAUUUCAACUUUCCUUUCUAUUUUCAAAACGACUAAUAAAUAAGCGUUUCAAGUAUACCCUACAAACUGAAGAUGAAAAGAAUAUGAUGGGGAGUUUAAGUAAAAAUAAAAUAAUAACACCUGAAGACGUUGAGUUCAAAUUAGCACAAUUACGAGAAUUUUCUAAUACUUUAAAAGAACGCAUUCACAACACUAAAUCGGUGAAUUCAGAUGGCCACCAAAGCAAUAGUAUCGCACCAAUCUCAGAAGACUCAAGGAAUGUUAAUGUCACCAAAACAUCAUCUGUUCCUAAUGAAGAAAAAUCCAAAAAUCUAUCAGAUUUGAUUCAUUCUUCGUUUUUAGAAAAAAUGGAUCACCUCGUACCAAAAGUUAUAAGAGAAAGAGUAGCAGACGACGACAUACUUGCAAAAAACCUUUUUGAUAGAUCACACAGUAAUUGGGCACCUGUCAUAGAUAGGCUUUAUGUCAGUGAGAAACGGUUCAUGGAUAUUGAUUCCAGAGAAUUUUCUGUUUGGUUAAAUGGUACAGUCAAAUAUUUGCCAUUUCAUAGUAUACUACACUUGGAUGAAAUGCUAUUAGAACAAAUCAAUGGAGAUGUUGUAAAAUUUAAUACCCACAUGUACGAAUGUAUCUUUAACAACUUAGGAAAUUUAAAACCAACUAAUUUUAAUCAGGAUGGUACUAACGAUAAAGUUAUCCUCAAAAUGAAAGAGUUGUUAGAGAGGUAUGAUAAGGCAUUAAAAAUAACUGAAGAAAGAAUUAACAAAAAAGAAGGAUUCCCUUCCAAAGUACCAAAGAUGACGCAAGCAAUACUUAAUAAUUGUUUAAAAUACUCGACCAAGUGUUCAAGCUUUCACGACAUGGAUUAUUUUAUUACAAAAUUCAGAGAUGAUUAUGGCAUAACUCCUAAUAAGCAAAACCUAACUACUGUAAUACAAUUCUACUCUAGGAAGGAAAUGACUAAGCAAGCCUGGAAUACUUUUGACACCAUGAAAUUUUUAUCUACAAAGCAUUUCCCUGAUAUCUGCACAUAUAACACAAUGCUGCGAAUAUGCGAGAAGGAACGGAAUUUUCCUAAGGCUUUGGAUUUAUUUCAAGAAAUUCAAGACCACAAUAUAAAGCCUACAACAAACACUUACAUAAUGAUGGCAAGAGUGUUGGCUUCUUCGAGCAGUAAUGCCGUUGUCAGUGAGGGUAAAUCAGACUCUCUAAGAUUACUGGGAUGGAAAUACCUUCAUGAGUUGGAGGACAAGAAUCUUUACAGACAUAAAAAAGAUGACUUAAAUUUAUUUUUGGCUAUGAUGGCAUUAGCCGCGUUUGAUGGUGAUAUUGAAUUAAGUAGAGCUCUAUAUUACUUGUUCAUCGCGAAAAAGUACAAAACUUUGUGCGCAAAUUGGAAAGGAAACAUUCUCGUAGAUCAAGAUACAAUUUGGAAGUCAACUUUAAUGCCAGAAAUGCUGAAUUAUUUGAUGCUUGCUUAUGCAAGAUUUGAUCCCAGAAAUUUGCCAGUCUUAUCCGGUUAUGAAAAAGGCAUUGAAUUGAGAAGAAAAUUUCUUCGCGAAUUUGAUUCCUCCAUGAGGUUAGAUGAUACAGACAAAUUGGUCAAAUUUAAAUUACCAUUUCUUCCAAUUAGUGACCUAAAUUCGGAGGCACAAGUAUUGGCGGAAUCUAACGCAAUCUGGAGUUUCAAUAUGGAAAAUGGAGGAACGCGCAAUACAUUGACAUCUUCAAAUGAAGCGGCGUUGGAGGAUAUCAAAAAAUAUAGGCAAUUACUUGAUUCGUUUGCGCAAGAAGCAGAGGAUUUCAACGAGUUUAAGUUUAAAGUUAUGUACGAAGUGACGAAAAUGCAAAGAGAAAGUAUUAAUGUGAACGUCUUCAAUAAAAUUUCACUACACACAUAUUUGUCAAUUCCCAUUAACUUAAAACAACAGAAGGAAUUCUUGCGAAGGUUGACGUUCUUCACUUUCCAACAACACGAAUUUGAAGCUGUCAUAAAGCGUUUGUAUGAAGGAUACCGUAAUAUUCCUUCGUCCCAUACGCGUGACCAAAAUUCAAUAUCAACUGAAGCCAUCUCAGUAUCCAAACCUGAGACCACGGAAGACCUCAACUUAAUAAUGCAUGAUAUAUGGUAUAUUACAUGUUUGAGGCACAAAAUCAUGAUGGACACCACGUUAUAUGAGCUGGUGAUGAAAGCCGCUAUAGAAUUUCAAAAUGAGGACUUAGCAAAGAAAGUAUGGAAUGAUAGGGGUAAAUUUAGGACGACUGUACCGUUUCUGAAAAUGGACCAAAGAAUAAGAAUAGCAAAGGAUCAGAAAUUUGCCCAUCUAAUGGUUGAAUUCUUCACAAAGCAAGGAAAGUAUUCGGACGCAAUAGCUAUCAUAUUGUCUUCAAAAAAUCGCUUCAAUUGGACUUAUUCCAUGGUUAGGAAUUUGCAUAAAGCAUUAGAAGAAAUCGAGGAUAGAAAUAGCGUUGAAAUCUUACUGGAUGUAGUAAACAAAAAGUCACACGCAAAGGCCCUGAAGUGGGAGGAACAAGAACUUAACAUGUAG